CACUGGCCGACCAGCUUUCCGAUGUGAAAAAAGAGUAUGAUGAAAAAAGAUCCAUGAUUUCUGAUCUUGAGCAAGAGAUCAAUCAACUGAAGUUCAAGAUUAACUUACAAGAAGAAACAAAUAAGAAAAAGUUGCAAGACGCCCUUCUCGAGACGAACAAAACAGACGACGCCAAAAAUCACGAGAUCGCUACUCUGAAGAAGGAAAAGGAGGAACUAGAGGAGGUGAUCCGAGUCGGCGAGGAAGCUCAGAAGGAAUUGCAGAAUAAACUUGAGGAGUUACAGGAGAAAUACAAGUCCAACGAAAGAGAAAUGCAAGAAGUUCAGCAAGAAAAACGAGAACUUUUGCUGAAAAUCCGACAGAAUGAAGAAUCGAUUCAGAAGAUGGAGGACAAGCUACUCCUGGUGACCAAGCAGAGGGAGACACUACUCCGGGAGCGGGAGGAGGUCACACGCCAGCUUCAAGAAGCCGAGAAGGAAAGGGAGGAGGUCACGAGGGAGAGAGAAAAGGUCAUGAAGGAAAGAGACGAAGUGGCAAAGGAGAGAGAGGAUCUCUUGAGCGAACGUGAACGGCUGUUGGAGAAGGAAUCAGCGUCUGUAUCCACAAAGAGUGAUGUUUCUCAGGAAAAAGAAGCCACAGACGAAGAAAACGACUUGAAGAAACAGAAUGAAGAACUCCAAGAAAGGUUAAAGGUCGUGUCGGAAUUCUUCCAAAACAAGCAGACGCGCCUCCGAGAAAAAUACGAAGAAAGGAAAGAGCAAGUCCGAAAGUUAGAGAAGGAAAUGGAAGAACUGAGAAACGCGCAAAGUUCUUCGAAUGACUCUCAGAAAGAAGAUGCUGCGAUGAUCUCACAAAUGCGAGACGAAGUUCAGCAUCUUAAUGAGAGUCUUUCCCGGUGCCAGAAGGACUUGGAAGAAGCAAAGGUCACCCUUCAAGAGAGGGAAAGUAAUUACAAGAAAGAAGAGAAGAUUAAGAAUGUAAUGAUUUCGAAGUUGGAGGAAGAGGUCGAGGAACUCUUGCUAAAACUCAAGGAAAAUGAGAAGGCGAUAAGCUUCCAGAAAGAAGAUGCUGCGACGAUCUCACAAAUGCGAGACGAAGUUCAGCAUCUUAAUGAGAGUCUUUCCCGGUGCCAGAAGGAAUUGGAAGAAGCAAAGGUCACCCUUCAAGAGAGGGGAAAUAAUUACAAGAAAGAAGAGAACAUUAAAAAUGUAAAGAUUUCGAAGUUGGAGGAAGAGGUCGAAGAACUCUUGCUAAAACUCAAGGAAAAUGAGAAGGCGAUAAGCUUCCAGAAGGAACUCCGAGAGAAGGUCACCGAACUGAAAGCGAUGGAGAACCAGCUGAAAGAUAACGUGUCGACAAUGUCCACUCUACAGCGAAAGAACGCUCAGUUGGUCAAAAGAAUUAAGACGUUGGAGGAAGAACAACAAGCGAAAGAAAACGAAUAUCUGCAGAAGGAACAAACACACAAAGAACAGAUAAGAAAUCUCGAAAAUAGAAUUAAGAAUCUUGAAGAAAACUUGGCAGAGUGCAAAGUAACAAUUGACAAGUACGAG